CAUGCAUUAAUUUGUUUCCUGUCCUCUGCUGUUUUGUCUCUUGUUUUUAGUUAAUGCUGAAAACCCACCUACGGCUGUGGUUGGGAAAUUGGUUCACUUGCUCGAUCGGACCCAGAUUUUCAGGAGGAGCUGGAGCUAAUGAAACUGUGUGAGGAAGCUGUGACCUUGAUCCGAUCUAAUCAACAGCUUGAAAAUGACCUCAAUCUCAUGGACCUCAAGAUUGGACUGCUAGUGAAGAACAGAAUGACACUGCAGGAUGUUGUUUCUCAUAGCAAAAAUCUUAGCAAGGAGAACAAGGAACAGCUCUGUGACGUGAUGACGCUGAACGAGCAAAAGGGAGGUUUGCAAGCUUUGAGCAAAGAGGAGAGGGAAAAGCUGGAAGCCUAUCAGCAUCUUUUCUACUUGAGUGUUGAGGCGCUGUCUGUCUUUGUGGUGUUGGCUUUUGUGGACACGUGCUGUAUGGGAACUGCUGAGUCAUGGCCUGAACCUCUGAUUGAUCACCUGAGACUACUCCAACGUACUUGGCCAAGCUGCUUUUGCAGAUGCCUCAAAACAACCCCACAGAGUUCAUGGAUUCAGCCAUCUUCACGCUGCAUAACUACGCAUCCAGUCAGAGAGAGGAAUCUCUGCUGUUGCGGCUGUUGCAAACAGCAUUGCAGGAAGAGAUCAAAUGCGCUCUUUCAACCGUGGUGCCCGUGGUCAGAACGCACUGAGGCAGAUCUUGGCCCCAGUUGUGAAGGAAAUAAUUGAGGGCGAAUCGCUCAACGUCAGAACGGAUCCAGUGGAUAUUUACAAGUGCUGGGUGAACCAGAUGGGAUCUCAGAAUGGUGAGGCCGGGCACUUCAAGGGAAGUGGUGGAAAAGCAAUGCUAUGAAGUAAAAGACAACUGUCCCAGCGCAGCACGCUGCGUGAGUUACUAUCUUAACACUGCAAUGUGCAGCUUGUGUUUUCACUGAUUUAUUUGCGACCUGAGGUACUACUGCGUAUCGCAGGUGACCUUCUUGACUCUAG